ACAGUCUCUCCUUGCUAAGUGUGUCCUGUACAUUAGUAGGUAGUAUCCUGAGUUUAAAAUAAUCUCAUCCUGCUUUCUAUGCAAAGGGCUGUUUGUGCAGCAUGCAGUUAAUCACUUCAUCUGACAACUAUCUUGUGGAAUUGGUUACAGGCAUCGAAAAUUAGAGAAUAUAGAUAACAAAUCCUUGCACAUUUGUUUGCAUAAGGGCCUUAUGUGUCUCAAAAGGGUUAGGGUAAGAUAAUAUGAAGUAAUAUAAUAGUAACAGAGUAUUAGAUCUGCAUAAAAGCAGUGAAAAUGUCCCCCUAGUGUUGUUUAUAAGGCUAUCAUAUUACACGCAUGACAGCCAUGGCAGCAAACACACUCAUAUGACAGAGCACUCUGGUGGAUCACCACACAUAUACCAGCUCUCGUAUGUAAUGGAUCACAGUUUCAGAGGACCCGCUGUGCUGAAGAGAAACCUGAGAGUGCUGAACCAAAAGGAGGAGAGAGAUCUACAGCAGAGAUUAAACAUGCUGGACAAACAGUACAGGUACACUUUCAAAAUGCUCCAGCAAAGGAGAGACUCGCUGAUGAAUGAACACAGAAGAGCGGUGAUGGUGAAAGUGUGCGAGCCUAAAGCUACAGUCAACAUCGCAAUGAAAGACAUUUGGGAAUUAAAAAACACAGAGACGUUCUUCAGAGGUCCUCAAACGUCUGAAGACAGAAGAACGUAUUCAGAUAAAGAGGAGCAUCAGGUGGAGAUGAGUUGCUCCAUAUCAGCACCUCUACCAUCUAUCAAAGCCGCCAGUUCAGUGAGACACAGAGGAAACAUCCAGAGCAGCAUGUCGUUCAGGCAGAUGAAGAACAUCGCAGCUAUCGACUCGAUAUCAGAAAAAGAGCUGGCAAGGCGACGGCAGGAAGCCCGAGAGGAAAUGGAGAAACUGAGACGGUUUGAAAUGGAGACUUUACACCAGAGGGUGUCAGCAUUUAUUGACAAGAUUAAGGACAAAAGCAACAUGCAAGUACAAGUGGAACCUCCAUAGAGGAACCUUCUUCUAACUGUUUAAUACUUCCAAAUCUGCAACUUCAAGGAAGAGCAGUGUCUUACUAUAAACUACAAUAAUGUACAUAAUUAACAAUUAUGUUGAGAUAAUAUUACACAAUAAUAUCCAUAUUCCUCAUGGUCGUCAAAGCUGUGUGCACAGGAGUCUCCAUGAGCAGGCUGCAGUUGUUCUUCCAUUCUGGAGAAUCAGGGAGCUCCUUGUCCACUAAAAAAUGAAUAAAGGAAUACAAUGGAAAUAUAUAGAGUUUGAUAUUUCUCUUAGAGAGGCGUACAGGUGUUGAUGUUGAUGCUGUACUUAAAGGACUA